AUGUUGUCUUCUAUCCUCCUGCAGCUGGCUCUGACUAUCAGCUACACCGCCUCGAGUCCCAUCCUGAGACGGGCACUUUCCCAAAACGACAUCAUCGGCUUGCAACUCGCGAGCUACCUCGAGAACAUGGAGCUUAGUCUGUAUACUGAUGGCUGUGAGCAUAUCAACGAUGCGCAAUGGCUUGCCGCUGGUUUCCCAUCCACCUUCCAGCAAGACAUCUGUGCUAUUGCAGAAAACCAGACAGGCUACAUCUCGUCGACACUCGAAUCCAACGGCAUAUCUGCUCCUCAACCAUGUAACUAUGCCCUUCCAUACGACACACCCGAAGACUUCGUUCUCCUCGCAAACCAGAUCACGUCCAUCAGUCUCGGGUACUAUUUAGGAAGCUUGAACGACUUCUCUCCAGAGCUUCAAACGGUGGCUGCUUCGAUCCUGUCAGUUGAAGCACGUCACGAUGCCAUUGUCAGGAACGGAAUGGGUGCAUCUCCAUUCCCCACCAAUACCGAUGUGCCUUUGAGCUCGGUCUGGGCCUUCAAUUUGGCACAGAAGUAUAUUACCUCCUGCCCUCAGCAACUACCUAUUAAUCUUCUACCUCCAUUUACCUUCAACGGGAUGUCGGGUCACACUCUCGAUUUCAACUGGAACCCCAAUGCCAACAACUUCUCGGCACCUGCAGGUAUCGCCGGUCAGGAUGUCUACCUCGCCAUCGUUCACGCCAACGUCAGCGAUCCGAUGUACCAGCGAGUGCAAAGGACAGGACAAGGCCACGGCACAGCGGAACUACCGGAAGGGCUUGGUGGAGUCGUGUAUGCUGCACUGACUGCUUCACAUGGGGACUUGACCUACCACGAGCUUACAACAACUGGCACUUUGGCAGGACCGGCGCAGCUGGUUCUCUCGUGA